UUAGAUUAAACGCUAACAAAACUGAAAGUAAAUUUCCAAACAGAACUUCCUACCAUUUGUCGUAGUUUAUACUAAUUUAUUUUAGGUCAAAUUGCACAGAUAUGGAAAGACUUGAAGAAGCCGCAAAACAGUGGCUCGAUGAGCAUCAAAGUGAUUACAAAUCGUUGGAUGUACAAAGAAAAGAUAGUGAUUUGAUUUUCACAAUUUCUUCUAUAAAUGAUGAAACAACUUCAUUUAUUGUUACCUGUCCAGAGAAUGAAGAUGGGUCAUGGUCGGUGUGGAGCGAUGAUUCAAAUCUACAGCCUCAUAUAGGUGUUAUACUCGAGUACUGUGACUCUCAGAGAGAGAAAACCAUUCCAGAAAUACUAGAUAAAAUCAACUCAGCACUACCACUGGUUUUUAAUAAACGUAAAACAGCUGAGGAUGAGGAAGGUGAUGAUGAUGAGGAGGAGGAUGAUUGUGAUGAUAUUGAUGAUGAUUACUAUGAUUAUAAUGAUGAUCAAGAUGUAGAAGUACAGACUGAAGUUAAAUCCAAAACACCAGAAAAAGAUGAGUCUGACGAGGAAGACGAGAGAUUUUUUGGUGGUAAGACCAAUCCUGCCGCAUUCCAGAGACUUGUUAAAGAUUUGAGGAAUAUGAAGAAAGAAGCUCACAAAUUUGGAAUAGAGGGAACUCCCAGGGGAGAUAAUCUAUUCAUUUGGGAUGUGAAAUUAACAGGGUUUCCAGCAGACACAACAUUAGGAAAAGAUAUCAGAAACUGGGCAGAAAAACAUAAAAGAGAGCCAGUGGUGUAUUUAGAGAUGCAGUUUCCAGGUGAAUAUCCCAUGGCACCUCCAUUUGUAAGAGUAACACGACCAAGAUUUAAAUUUCUUACAGGUCAUGUGACUAUAGGUGGCAGUAUAUGUAUGGAGAUGUUAACAAAAUCAGGAUGGACACCAACGAAUGACAUAGAGAGUAUCCUUGUUCAAAUACGAUCUGAAAUUAUGAGUGACCCAAACACUCGUCUAGACUCGAAUCCAGACAGAGAGUAUGGUGAGGCGGAGGCAAGAGAUGCCUUCAAUAGAAUGGUGAACAGAUAUGGCUGGAACAAAUAGAUAAUUAAGUUUUUCAACAAAGAUUGUUUGACUGAUAUAAGCUAUAGUGAAACAGUGAUAAGUCUAUUGUAAAUGAAAAGUUAAGUUUUCUGUGAAUUCUUGCAAUCUGUUGUGAACCACAAUUGAUAUGCUAGGUAUUUUCACCCAGUAUUUCCUUCUGCUAAAACUGCAUUCACUUCUCUCUGCACACAGAACUGAUAUGUAGAUCAAAGUGUUGGCUGUAUACAAUAAUACCUCCCCAUAAUGCAUCACACAACAACUCUACAGGUGAAGGAAAGUGAUGAAUGUUUAUCAAAAUGUUCCAGGGGGGCUGUACAGAUGGUAUUUUAUAACAUUUAGUGCCAAAAAAAUAUGCAACAAUUCAGAAGGGCUUUUUAAGGGAUUAUUGUGAUGGUACUGUAAAAUCAUUUAAUUUCACAGGCAAUACAUCAAACUAAAUUAGCUUUUUUCAUGGGCUUAUGAAUUCAUGGAUUUAAACUUCUGAAUGUAAACAAUGGGAAAAAGGUAAUAAAAUGUGAAUUUUAUUUUUCUGUGAUUUUUCAUUUCAUGGAUUUACACAACCAAGAAAGCCUCGAAAAUAAGUUUCCCAUCAGUAUUAAUGAUUCGGUACCUACUUAUCCUUGGUCCUACUCGUUUCUGAACCAAGUUUUCAAAAAAGCCAGGUAUUCUGGCUGGUGACUUCAGUCUGAUUGUUUCUACUCAGUGACUUUUAGUUUUUGUUGAUGUAUUGAAAUAAACUUGACCUGUAAGAUUCUUACAGUAAGACCAAGGUUGAGAUUGUAUUUAGGUUCAGUGGACUCAAGGUCAAGGUCACUGUUUUUAAAAACGGUGGGAAAAAAACAGUUUCCGUCAUAAAUUUUAGUUUGGAUUGAUGUAUUGAAACUAAACUUGGCCUAUAGGUAAUUUAUAUGAAAUCCAAUAUUGGGAUUUUAUAUGGGGUCAGUGAGGUCAAGUUCAAUGUCAGCAUAACUUAAUCUGCAUACUAAGAAAAUUCCACAGUGGUGUAGUGGGCUAAAGCGUUGGUCUUUUGUACCUAUUGUAAGGUCCUGGCCGCACUUUUUUGUAAUAUAAAAAGGUCAAGGUCACAGUUACUAAUUUUUUUAAACAUGGUUACGGUUUAUAAUUUUGAUACGGAUUGACAUAUUUUCUCAAAAAUUUAGGGUCACUGUUACUUAAAACAGAAAAAUUAUUUCCGCUCAAUUUGUUUAGUUUUUGGUAAAACUAUUGUCAGGAAACUUUGUUUAUAGAUAGCUUUUAUCAAAGACAGAGGUUGGAAAUAUAUAUUUGGGGUCACUCAGGUCAAGGUCAAGGUCACUAAAAAUAGAAAAAUAGUUUCUGCUGAAUGACUGUUAGGAAUGAGAAACAGAAGUAACCUACAUAGUUUGAAAAUUCCAUCCUGAUGCAGUGGGCUAAGCAUUGGUCAGUUGUACAUUUUUUAAUGUUGAACAGACUGGUAGCAGUUCAGAUCCAGGUCUUGGCCUUACAUUUUUCUGUACUAAAAAGAGUAAUUUAGAUGCCAUAAGGUCAAGAUCAAGGACACACAGAAGAUAGGAAAAAAAUCACCGUGAUCAUAUAAAAGGUGGUUUCCAGUUUCUAUUACUGUUACUCAAAAUAUAAAAAAAUAAUGUUUUUUCACUCACUAUCUUUAUCUCACCUACUGUCAGCAAACUUGGUGUGAAGAUGACCUUAUAUCAAAGACAAAGGUUGGGAUAUUUGGAGUAAUUCAGGUCAAGAACAAGAUCAUUGUUACUUAAAGUAGAAAAUGGUUUCCACUCAGUAUUUUUAGUUUUUAUAGACCUGUUGUCCUCAAACUUGGUGUGUAGGCCACUUUUACUGAAGGUUGUGAUUGUAGUAAUAUGGUUACUCGGGUGUAGGUCGGUGUUACAGGUACUUAAUAGAAAAACGGUUUCCAGUAACUUUGAAAACCUGGUUCAAUGGCAUUACUGCAUUUCUUGUGUUAUAUUUUGUACAAAUCAAAGACAGGUUAGAAAUCCAUCGAGGUUUCAAAAAGAAAAAUGCCAAAAUUUUAAAACCAUGACACAACUAAUAUUUGUAUGACUUUUGUGGGGAAAAAAAAUGUCUGCAGAAUUUUUAGGAGUUUUUUCAAGUGUAAGUCUAAUUAGAGAAAAAUUCUUACCAGUGGGUUUUGUAGGUCUCCUUUUGCUGCACUGCACAAAGACAAAUGAAUGAAAGGGAGGUAAUUCAAACCAAGGCUUGAACAGUUUCUAUUUGUUGGUUGCUGAACUUUGAUUUUAAUGUCAACAAUUUCUGAACUCCUUAGAUAUGCAAAUGUUUGUAAGCAAUAUUUCUGAAAAUACGUGUAAAAUGUCAGUGUCUUAAUUGAAAAAUAGGUUGUCUGUUAUUAAAAAAAAUCUUCUUCUGUUGUAUUAGUCUAUGUCUAUUGUAUUUAACUGUAAUAUUUAACUGUUUUAAUAUAUAAUAGAGCAGGCAUAGGUACAUGUACUGGCAGGAGUUUUAUUAUAUGUUUUAAUAAGUGCCUUUCAUGUGAGAAGUUUGAACAUAGCAAUGUUAACAUGAUUUAAGGUAGUUCUGCAUCAGAUUCUUUGAUUUACUGGAAGUCAUUUAUUGGGAAAUACCUGGUAUCCGUUAUAGGGGUAGCAUAAAUCCGGAUGUCGCCGGGGUAUCUGUUUAAUCUAAUGUAUUAGGUGGUAUCCAGUCAAACUACUGUCUUUUUUGAGGUUGAUUUUGACAUAAGAUAUAUAGGUUUUGAUGUGAAACAAUUCAAAAUAAUGACAUCAACUGUGCAACAAUAAAAGGAUUCUAAUUGAUAUUAGACAAAUCUGAAAAAUUAAGCACACAAAGCCCUACAUUUUAUUUGGCCAUAUGGUUGAACGUAAAGAAAUCUACAACAGUGAAAAGUUCCAUUAAAAUCUACAUUAAAGGACUCUUUCUUUAUGGGGAAAAUGUGUUCAGAGAUGUGAUUUUUUUGUUUAUUCAGCCCAUUGUGAAUGUUGACAGAUGGCCCAGUAUUUUCAAGUCAGUCUAACAAAAAGAAACAAAAAAAACAAGCAAGUGACCCAAUCUUUUUUUAUUGGCUGAAUUUCCUAUGGAUAAAAUGAUGCUAUGAAAAAAAUAUGGUAUGAUGAAAUUCUACAUAGUAAUAUUUGUUUCAUAUUUGCUGUACUACCUUAAACAUACAUAUCAGAUAUACAUUUGUAAAUCCUUCUUUUGCUGUUUCAGAACUUGAAAUUUUACUUGUGUCAAAGCUGCUUUAUUAAUUUAUCAGAGCAGAUAUUUAUAAGUAUCUUUAAUAUGUUCAUAUGUUGACUUACAACCUGUGCAUAUAGUACUUUGUAUGUAUUUACUAAAUGUGCAUGUAGUACUGAAUACAUAUAUUGAUUUAUUAUAUAAAACAUGUAGUACUGUACAUACUGAUUUACUAUAUGCAUGUGUAAAUAUACUGAUUUACUAUAUGUGUGUGUAGUACCAUGUAUGGAUACCGAUUGACUACAUAUGCAUGUAGUACUGUGUAACUAUAUCAAACUCUUUGACCUCUGGUACGUUGUGAACUUUUUUUGUUCAGGGUGAGCUGUUAGUAUAGGUGGAUGGUCCCUCGUGCAUCAUGGUAUAUCCAUCAACAUUUUUUAGCUCAGGUGAGUUUUUGUGACCGCUCGAUGUCCGGCGUCUGUCGUCUGUCAACAUUUAGCUUGUGUAUGCGUUAGAGGCUGUAUUUUUCAACUGAUCUUCAUGAAAUUUUGUCAGAAUGAUUACCUUGAUGAAAUCUAGGCCAGAUUCGAAAAUGGGUCAUCUGGGGUCAAAAACUAGGUCACUAGGUCAAAUCAAAGAAAAACCUUGUGUAUGCGAUAGAGGCUGUAUUUUUGAAUUGAUCUUCAUGAAUUUUGGUCAGAAUGAUAACCUUGAUAAAAUCUAGGCCAAGUUUGAAAAUGGGUCAUCUGGAAUCAAAAACUAGGUCACUAGGUCAAAUCAAAGAAAAACCUUGUGUAUGCGAUAGAGGCUGUAUUUUUCAAUUGAUCUUCAUGAAUUUUGGUCAGACUGAUUACCUUGAUAAAAUCUAGGCCAAGUUUAAAAACGUAUCAUCUGGGGUCAAAAACUAAGUCACUGGGUCAAAUCAAAGAAAAACCUUGUGUAUGCAAUAGAGGCUGUAUUUUUCAAUUGAUCCUCAUGAAUUUUGGUCAGAAUGAUAACCUUGAUGAAAUCUAGGCCAAGUUCGAAAAUGGGUCAUCUGGGAUCAAAAAGUAGGUCACUAGGUAAAAUCAAAGAAAAACCUUGUGUAUGCGAUAGAGGUUGUAUUUUUCAAUCGAUCUUCAUGAAAUUUGGUCAGAAUGAUUGCAUUGAUGAAGUCUAGGUCAAGUUUGAAUAUGGGUCAUCUGGGGUCAAAAAGUAGGUCACUAGGUCAAAUCAAAGAAAAACCUUGUGUAUGUGAUAGAGACUGUAUUUUUAGCUCACCUGUCACAAAGUGACAAGGUGAGCUUUUGUGAUCGCGCGGUGUCCGUCGUCCGUCGUCCGUGCGUCCGUCCGUAAACUUUUGCUCGUGACCACUCUAGAGGUCACAUUUUUCAUGGGAUCUUUAUGAAAGUUGGUCAGAAUGUUCAUCUUGAUGAUAUCUAGGUCAAGUUCGAAACUGGGUCACGUGCCGUCAAAAACUAGGUCAGUAGGUCUAAAAAUAGAAAAACCUUGUGACCUCUCUAGAGGCCAUAAUUUUCAAUGGAUCUUCAUGAAAAUUGGUCAGAAUGUUCAUCUUGAUGAUAUCUAGGUCAAGUUCGAAACUGGGUCACGUGCGGUCAAAAACUAGGUCAGUAGGUCUAAAAAUAGAAAAACCUUGUGACCUCUCUAGAGGCCAUAUAUUUCAAAAGAUCUUCAUGAAAGUUGGUCAGAACGUUCACCUUGAUGAUAUCUAGGUUAAGUUCGAAACUGGGUCACGUGCCUUCAAAAACUAGGUCAGUAGGUCAAAUAAUAGAAAAACCUUGUGACCUCUCUAAAGGCCAUAUUUUUCAUGGGAUCUGUAUGAAAGUUGGUCUGAAUGUUCAUCUUGAUGAUUUCUAGGUCAAGUUCGAAACUGGGUCACGUGCGGUCAAAAACUAGGUCAGUAGGUCUAAAAAUAGAAAAACCUUGUGACCUUUCUAGAGGCCAUAUAUUUCACAAGAUCUUCAUGAAAAUUGGUCAGAACGUUCACCUUGAUGAUAUCUAGGUCAAGUUCGAAACUGGGUCACGUGCCAUCAAAAACUAGGUCAGUAGGUCUAAAAAUAGAAAAACCUUGUGACCUUUCUAGAGGCCAUAUAUUUCACAAGAUCUUCAUGAAAGUUGGUCAGAACGUUCACCUUGAUGAUAUCUAGGUCAAGUUCGAAACUGGGUCACGUGCCAUCAAAAACUAGGUCAGUAGGUCAAAUAAUAGAAAAACCUUGUGACCUCUCUAAAGGCCAUAAUUUUCAUGGGAUCUGUGUGAAAGUUGGUCUGAAUGGUCAUCCUGAUGAUAUCUAGGUCAAGUUCGAAACUGGGUCACGUGCGGUCAAAAACUAGGUCAGUAGGUCUAAAAAUAGAAAAACCUUGUGACCUCUCUAGAGGCCAUAUA